ACACAGGCCAUGCCACUGAAACAUUAUCUCCUUCUGCUGGUGGGCUGCCAGGCCUGGGCUGCAACCUUGGCCUACUAUGGCUGCCCUAGUGAGUGCACCUGUUCCCGGGCCUCCCAGGUAGAGUGUACAGGAGCGCGAAUUGUGGCGGUACCUACCCCGCUGCCCUGGAAUGCUAUGAGCCUGCAGAUCCUCAACACGCACAUCACCGAAAUCCCGGAGUCCCCGUUCCUCAACAUCUCAGCCCUCAUUGCCCUGAGGAUGGAGAAGAACGAACUGUCCAACAUCAUGCCAGGCGCCUUCCGCAACCUGGGCUCACUGCGCUACCUCAGCCUUGCCAACAACAAAAUACGGAUACUGCCUCCUGGUCUCUUCAAUGGCCUGGACAAUCUGGAAUCCCUCCUUCUGUCCAAUAACCAACUGGCUCAGAUCCAGCCAGCCCAGUUUUCCCACUUUAGCAAUCUUAAGGAACUCCAGUUGCAUGGCAACAAUCUGGAAUAUAUCCCUGAAGGUGCCUUUGACCACCUGGUGGGACUCACCAAGCUCAACCUGGCCAAGAACGGCUUCAAGAAUCUCUCACCUAGGGUCUUCCAGCACCUCGGGAACCUCCAGGUGCUCCGGCUACACGAGAACAGGCUUACAGACAUCCCCAUGGGCACUUUUGAUGCCCUUGGCAACCUCCAGGAGCUGGCCCUCCAGGAGAACCAGAUUGGCAUACUCUCCCCUGGCCUGUUCCACAAUAACCGCAACCUCCAGAGACUGUAUCUGUCUAACAACCACAUCUCGCUGCUGCCUCCUGGCAUCUUCAUGCAGCUGCCCCAGCUUAACAAGCUCACACUCUUUGGCAAUUCCCUGAAGGAGCUCUCCCCGGGGAUCUUCGGGCCUAUGCCCAACCUGCAGGAGCUUUGGCUCUACAACAACCACAUCACCUCUCUCCCUGACAACACCUUCAUCAACCUGCCCCAGUUGCAGGUUCUGAUCCUUAGUCACAACCAGCUCAACUCCAUCUCCCCGGGAGCCUUCAAUGGCUUGACGAAUCUGCGAGAGCUAUCCCUCCACACCAAUGCUCUACAGGACCUGGAUGGAAAUGUCUUCCGAGCGCUGGCCAACCUACAGAACAUCUCCCUCCAAAAUAACCGCCUCCGACAGCUCCCCGGCAGCAUCUUCGCCAACGUCAAUGGCCUCACGACCAUCCAGCUCCAGAACAACAAUCUAGAGAACUUACCCUUGGGUAUCUUCGAUCACUUGGUGAACCUGUGUGAGCUUCAUCUCUAUGACAACCCCUGGAGAUGUGACUCCGAUAUCCUCCCACUUCAUAACUGGCUCCUUCUCAACAGAGCCAGGCUGGGGACAAACACUUUUCCUGUGUGUUCCAGCCCAGCCAAUGUCCGAGGCCAGUCUCUUGUCAUCAUCAAUAUCAAUGUCCCUGUGCCCAGUGUCCAGGUUCCUGAAGUAUCUAGUUCUAGCUAUCCGGAAGUGCCACGUUUCGUAGACCCUGAUCUAUCAGGGUCAUCCAGCUAUCCUGACAGCACAUCCAUUUCCUCUACCACAGAGAUCAUCACACCCAUAGAAGACUACACCGAUCUGACCACCAUUGAAGCCACCGAUGACCGUAACACGUGGGGCAUGACUGACGCCCAGACGGGGCUGGCCAUUGCUGCCAUUGUGAUCGGCAUCAUUGCUUUGGCCUGUUCCCUAGCUGCUUGCAUCUGCUGCUGCUGCUGCAAGAAGAGGAGCCAGGCAGUCCUGAUGCAGAUGAAGGCUCCCAAUGAAUGUUAG